CGCCGCCCUGCUCCUGACGUCCUGCGAAGACGUUGUUUCCUCCGACCACUGGAAGGGCGUAGCGGGGCGGGCGAGCACUUCCUUCUCCUGGGAGACAUCAACCAAGCAAUUCCCCGUCCGAAACACAUGUUACAGCUCGACAUUUUCCUAUGGUCACCAUGGCCUAAUCGUCAUUCAAGUUUCUAUCUCCGCCAUACUUUGCAGCCUGCAGGGCUCAUAAACGAUGUCUCUCUCGCAGACCCGCAGACCCAGAUUUAUGGAUCACACUAAUGACCAACGAGCCGUUCACGGCUCUAGUCCAGCGCCAUACCGAGCUGAUGCUGCAGUCUGGGACUUGGCAGAUUGGACAACUGGCCAGUCUGACCCCGGACGCGCCCUUACUCAGGACCCAUUCGCCUAUUACAAGGCUUUCUUCACGACGGACGUCCCGUCCGGUGGCGGCGUCGAAGAUCUGAUGCAUCACGAUGGUAGUACAAACCUUGAAGAGCCAAUUGAUGCCCAAUGUGCCGGGGACCAGCAGCGCUGCAAACAGCGAGCCGCCCCCUACAAUCUUGCAGUUCGCUUCGCAAAUCGCUCCAAUGGGGCGCCUCUAGCAACGAUCGUUGAGCGGGGCUCGGUUUCCACUCUGGGUUCGCAUGGCUCGCUUCUCAGUGUCGGGCAAUUUCCUUCUAUUCGGAUUGUCGAGAAUGCGUCGCCAGCCCGUUCCUCACACAAGCCUUCCAGGAACCUAGACGAGAUGGCUCUCCAGAACAUCCAGGAAGAGGCACGUCAGGAACAGAACACUGGCGCAACCGACCUUCAUACACGACGGAAGCUAGGUGAAGAUUACUGCGGGUCAAAUUCGAACUGCACUACAACCGCACCAGCCGAAACCACUUUUCAAGGCUCUCGACCGCCUGCGGCACCGCAAACACCACUUGCCGACGACUCAGUCGAGGUUAAUGGCCUUAAGGGGUUCUUCCGAGGCGUGUUGCACAAUGCUCGAGGCGGUUAUCAGUCUCGGUCUCGGUCUCAGUCUUCUUCAAUGACAAAUGCAUCCCCCCCGCCUCAGGCCUGGGGAGAACGGCCAGACACAAACGGCCGCAGCUCGCAAAGCGUGACCGGAGAGAACUUUCGAGGGAGUGAUGAAGCAACAAGACCAGCUCCGACUGUCUCAGUUGCGAUAGGCAGCUCGUUGUCCAGGCCUCGCCCACCGACUCAAGCCGAUCCUGAAAGUCACGCCACAGAUUGUAAAGGUUCCAGGAGCGACUUUGAACCUUCAGCUGGUGUCUAUCCGCUCAGACUGCCUCAUUCGCCUCCUACCCUCAACCCGAGAAUUGAUGAGCUGUCAUCUACUCCUCAUCUACUGCCGCUUCCGGACGCGUUACGCCCAAUAGGCCACAAAGAACGGUCGUUUUCCGUGCGCUCUGUACCUCCAGAACCACGCGAUGCAACACAAGACCACGUUCUUUUAGAAGCCACAACAGACCCCCGUCUCAACGAGGACGACGUUUCAACUCGACACACGCUUGACUUGGCUCCCAUCUAUCGGACCAACGCCCCAUCGGUCCGCGAGUUCGACCACCGUGCUCGAGAUUCCAGUCAAAAUGCGAGCUUCUGUAGCACCAGGUCCACAUCGUACUCCGGUACGGUGCUGGGAGUUGACCUCGACCUGCAACUGGAGUUUCCACAUCCGGCGCGCCGUUCAGUGACACCGGUGUGGUUUACCCCUGAGAGCGAAACUAAGACAAGACAACAGAUAGAGCGCGGGAUGCAGCCGGCAGAGUGCAAGCAACCCCCAUUCCACUCGAUAACCUCGUCUGUCCUCCCAGCUCUACUUCCCAUCGCGGCAGCAGAGGGCAUUGUGCGCCCCAAUCAAACAACACCGCAGCUUUCGUUCUUCUCGCCCUCUGGCAACCUGAUUCAGGCGGAAGACAGCUCGUCACCCUCGAGCAACACCUCCCACUCCUCCUCCUACUCAUACUACACAGGCACACCGACCCUCUCGACCUCCUACUAUAACAAGAACCCAAACACGCUCUCGGCUCAUGCUGCCCUUUCCGCAUCUAUCGGACUACCCCCCAUUAGACCCGCACCAGUCCCCUUAAUCACGCCGCCGCACUCGACCGCACCACUCCCAGAGCACCUGCGACACCAUCACAACUAUCAACAUGCAGAGAAGUCACAGAUCGUCCCAGAUUCUGAACCCUACUCUGACACGACCGUUGGCCUGGGCUCAGUAGUCAAAGGCUGCGGCGGCGUGAUCCGAACCAACAGCCUGACGCCUCACAGCGGGGUCCGCCGGUCCCCCGUCAAGUCCAAACCCAAAUUCACGCACGCAACCAAAUUCGGACGCUCUAUACUCAGCAAAGGGAACAAUGAGGCGAGCAAAUCUCGAUUCAGCAUCCUCUCUUCUUGGCCCUCGACCAGGAAGGGAAGGACCCUGAAAAAGACACCGCCCCUGGCGAGGUCUCCCUCACGCAUCGGGCCGAUUGCAGGCCAUGCCCUGCGCGUGUGCUUCUGCCAGCCGUACGAUGGCGCCGGCAAACCGUCUGCGGAAGUCGGGUGCAGCGGCGGGAGGCCUGGGCAGUGUCACGAUGAGGCCUAUGCGCGCGAGGCACGCGAAGAGGACUCGCCUAUUGCAAGGAUUGUUACCGGGGGUGAGGAGAGACAGGGCAAGGGGAGGAAGAGGAGUGAUAGCGGCGUCAGUAUUGCGAUUAGAGUUGGUGUUGUGGGUGGUUGAUCAGGGAUCGUCUGGCCAGCCCAGCCUGGGGUGCGGAUUGCCGCCGAUCGACCAUCUGGCAUGGCCACUGACUGCCGUAUCUCGUAUCGGGAUGAUCAGCAAUGGCGGUAGCCCGGUCCCCGGUCGGAGCGGGAUGGUUGGACAGGAGAACGGUUCCGUCGUCGGUUGGAUAGGAUCAGACCGGACGCCCGAUAGCGGACGGGGGUAUUGCUAUCAGCUUUUGUAAGUAAAUGUAAUAAUGAGUGGGUGUGUGGGUGCGAGAGUCAGUCAAUGAGUCAAUCAGGCGGGCUCGGGAACAGAACAGGACAGGAGAUAGAGAAUUACCAAGACAUGCAUGCA